UUUACAGUUGGUUGUUAUGCUUAUAAGUUAUAAAUGGCAUGCCAUUAAUCAUCUUACAAAUUGUCCAAUGGUUCAUGGUUGGUUUUAGGUGUAACGCAAAUAAGUAUUAAAUAGAGAAUACAACAAAUUUUGUUAAUAUAAUAAGUAAUAACAUAACAAUUCGUGGAGUAAGUAGUCACUGCCUUCUGUUUGAUUCGCCUUUUUUUUGUAAAGAUUAGAUAAGUCUUGACUAAUUAUGAAAGAUGGAUACUGAUUUAAAUGUAGUACAAUACGAAGAGAAGCUCAAACGGUUACUAACAAAACUUCUAGAUCAGGAUUUCGUAAUCACCAGCGAUACGUAUUUAAAUACAUUAUUGUCGCAUUUGUCAGGAAAGGACAACAAAGAAUUAGGUGCUUCACUGUUAGCACUACAAAUUUUUACAGAAUGGCUAGUAAACGCCACAAAGUACUGGGAGGAGACCGGUUUAGUGCCAUCUGCAAAAAUUGCAAACUUCACAUUCAUACUGGCUAGCUUGCUGUCGUGUGACGAAGACAAAUUUAAUCAAUUAAAUGUUUCAAAUUUGUACAUAAGGCUGUUCACAGUGCUUAAAGUGAGAUCCUCCAGUACACUACCAUUAAUCAAAUUAAGUUAUAUUAAGUUAUUGUCAUCAUUUCUUGAACACCGUUCUGGCGUUAGUUGGCUGAUUGCAACAGAUAAUUGGCACGACGUUAUCAGAUAUAGUUUAGAAAAUCAAACGACAUAUGUGUCUAAGGAGGGAUACAAUUUUGUGUGUAACACACUGGCGAAAGGUUCCCAGUUCAACCAAGUUUUUUGCAGUAUGGUCGUUGAAAAGAUUAUGGGGGUCUUCACCGAAAUGACCUUCACCAACGGAGUCGUAAACGAUGAAAGCUUACAGGGGAAAAUGACACCUUCCCUGCAGCUGAUUGGAACAGUUUUAGAAUCAUGCUUGAAAAGUGAAUUGUUCACAAAUGGCAACUACGACAUUCCCAGCCUGUUCUUGAAGAAUUUCCAUCUGGAGCAAAACAUGUGCAAUGUGAUUAUGCUAGGGAGUCAAAAUGAAAAGCUGUUUGAAGACAUCAAUCGCGUUAUGAUACUGGUGCAUUUCUGUGAGCUUGCCAUUGAUUCCGAUACGAAAAUAUUUCAAAGGAAACGUAUCAAAAAGUUGGUGGAACAAAUUUAUAAGCUGAUUACGUUGAAUCUGACCAAGGGUUUUGUGUCAAAUAUACCGAAAAUGUGCUACCUGUUGCAAUAUUAUUGGAAACUUAUCGAAUCACGUCUACCUGGUAUAGAUUGUAACUCGGAUGAGGCACAAAUUAUGUUCGAAACUCAAAUUGCGAUGAUACAAAUGUUUCCAGUAUGCAACAUUUCGUAUAAAGUCUGUGGUGUGUCUGUUGAGCAAUGUUUCGAAGAUUAUUUUCGUGAUCAAUUUGCAACAAAGGUCGUUAAAACAUUAUGCGAGCACACCAUACGGCUGCUGUACAAUUACCGUACGGCUUUGCUGAAUGAUAAAAUCGAUAUAUUUAACUUUGUGUUAAUGAGCACCUCAUAUUUGAUGAAGAGUCGAAAUUGGUACAAUCGAGACAGAGGCGUCAUUGUAUUUCAAUUCUACAUGUAUAUACUUAAUGACGUCAUUACCACAAUGAAAUCGAAGCCAAAUAUGGUGGAUACAUUCACAAAGCAGGUCUCCUUUUUUACAAUAACUUUUGAUGUUCUUUCGGUCUUCAUCCAGCAGUUUGACAUCACAUGGAGGGAAAGCGUGGAGACAAUAUGCGUUAUGGGCACCGCAAUUGACAUAAUCAAUGUGGCAUGCUGGCCGUCAAAGCUUGUUGUCCAGGCUUUGAAGCUGGUGAAUUUGGCGAUCUCACGCUUUAUGCCACCCAACUUGGCUCUCCUCGUGGAUGGAACGACUGAAAUGGAAAGGUUAGGAAGAAUGGUUACGUCGAAAUUACACGAUUUGGAGUGGGAGGUACGAGACAGUGCUCUUGAAGUUUUGCACACCAUUGCGAGUAUAUCACAUACAAAAUAUCCUGCCUUUCAAAGUAUCAUAACGGAUUUAGAAUUUCCAUUGCUAACAAUAACAGUGGCAAUGCACGAUAGUGAAAGUUACGUCAGGGCUUCCGCAAUAAAAUGCCUUCAAGAGAUGAUACAGGUAUCAUCGAUAUGGACCCCGAUUUUGCAACAACAAGAUCUGCCGUCAAAAAUGAUGCAGAUACUCUACAAUGAAACGGAGGCGGUCGUACGAUGUGAGGCGGCACGUUUAAUGAGCGUAAUAUACGAGCACCGAUCCUUUCCCAAGUCGUCCACUGAGGUUGUCUAUGAGGCAAUGGUUUUCGCGGCGACAACGGAUUUGGAUUGGGAAGUGAGAGAGAACGCGCUCGAGUAUUGGGGUAAAGUGAUUAAUAUGCAUCUGACCGAUCAGGGAAUGAUCGACGGCACCUUUCCCAGUGUCACCUUCUCAAAGGAAAAUCGAAAAAUCGUAACGCUCACUGAUGCCGAGAUAAAAAGACGUUUGAACAAAGUGCUGAAUGAACUGAGUGAUUGCGGUUGUUUAGGCGUUCUCGUCGCUUGCAUGCACGAAGAUUGUGAUAUUAAAGUGUUAAGGAAGUCUGUCGAAAUAACGCAAACUUUAAGUCGGUUACUGCGAUCGUAUAAUAUCAUCGAGGAUAGUCCCGCUUCCCCAGAUCCGCCAACAGUUUUGGAGGCUUUCAAUAUAGGGGAUGACUUAAAAAUAAAUUCGUACUCGGAUAAAGUUGUUAAUGACAUUGUUAAUAGUCGUGAUAUUGGUUUGCUUGUGAAUGUUUUUAAAAAUGAAAACGAUUUUGUUUCGCCAAGUACAGUGAAGAUGGUGCAACGUAAAACAUCCCCAAAAGAGUUUUUAACUUUCGUUCAAAGGGAUUUAAAUAAGUUGCUUGUCGAGCGCACAAAUUGGUUGCGUCAAAUUGAUGAUUUGGGAUCCCUUCUAGAUGAUAUUCUUAAGUGUUAUAACAAUGAUAUCAACGUCAUGGAUUGUUAUUAGAGUAUAUAAUGGUCUUGUUUUCUUAUCAAAUUAAAUAAAAGUUUUUUAUCGUUUCUAA